CAAGAGGGAGGCGCGCUCCCGCUCCUGCUGUGUUUUCUUUCCCCGAGUUCCCGAUGACGAUGGUCGGAGGAAGCAACGCCGCCGCUUCCAGCGAGGUUGAGGCUGGGUUUGCGAAGCUCCAGGGCGAGGAUUUCGAGUACUACAUGCAGACCUAUUCGAUCAUGCUGGGGCGCAACAGCAAGAAAUCGGCCGUCGACGUCGACCUCUCGAGCCUCGGGGGUGGGAUGAACAUAUCCCGCCAUCACGCUCGCAUCUUUUACGAUUUCCAGCGUCGCCGUUUCGCCCUAGACGUCAUUGGAAAGAACGGCUGCCUCGUCGAGGGCGUACUCCACCUUCCAGGAAACCCACCUGUCAAGCUCGAUUCACAGGACCUUCUUCAGAUUGGAGACAAGAAGUUCUACUUCCUACUUCCCACUCGAUCCAUCUUUUCUACAGCUUCUGUACACCGCCACAUUCCACCGCCUCCUCUGCCAUUCGCGGGGCGAAAGAUAGCCUCCGCCCGGCCAAGGAUCGCGGGGUAUGAGGAGGUGCGGGAGAUGGAAGAGGAUGACGAUGAGAUGGAGGAGGUAGGAGGAAAGAGGAUGAGGAGGGGAGUGGCGGAGGGGGAAAGGUAUGGUGGUUACAGUUUGCCGCAUUCUUCGCUGCCGGGGAAACCGGGACUCCCGUCAAUAGAAAAGAAGUCUGACAUGAGGUCGCGGUUUGAUAGAGAAACAGACAACCAGCAGCUCUUGCAGUUAGAAGAAAAAGACGUUGUAUCAUCUGUUGCAACUGUGUUGUCGGAUCUUUGUGGACCAGGCGAAUGGAUGCCCAUGUUGAAACUUCAUGCAGAGCUUAUGGAACAAUUUGGAAAUACAUGGCAUCAUAGCAGGGUAAGGAGGUAUCUGACGUCAGAGGACUGGCCACAGAGUGAGACCAAAGCGAGGCCAUGGUUUGGCCUUCUUGCACUGCUCAGAAAAUACCCUGAGCACUUUGUGAUCAAUACAAGAUCAAAAGGAAGGGUCACCUCAGAGUUUGUAUCCCUAGUCUCCCUGCUCUCUUAGGCAAGAUAACUUCACAAUGUUUCAAGCUUCAUUCUGUGAACCUGUAGGGUGUCUCCUGCUGCUGUAUGUAUAUUAAUCCAAAAUUUCUGUUUGUGAUGAAAAUAUGGCACUUUUAUCUUUCUAAGUUUCAUGCUUUGAAAUCAUAAUGAUGCUGCAUUAACCUCCUGAAA